AUGGUGACUGGCCGGAGUGAGGCAAUUUUGGUGGUCGCAGCCAUAUUUCUUUGGCUUUCCUUGAGCGCAGGCAGUUUGAGAUGUUUCGUUCGCUUUCGCUUGACUCACGCCGCGGGCCGCGAUGACUACCUGAUGGUAGCUGCGAUGUUCUUCAAUAUCGGUUUCGGCACGAGUACUAUACUCGGCGCGACGUUUGGCAUGGGCAAGAAACUGGUUUACUUUGAGGAAUCGAUGGGGAGCUAUCGCAACGCCAUGCUGUGUUUCUGGCUUGGACAGCUCUUCUAUGUGUUUACUUCUGUCAUCGUGCGAUUGUCAAUCACCAUCACCCUCAUGCGUCUCACCGUUGACAACCUCCACCGGAGCAUCCUCCUUGCCGCCACCGUGCUGUCCAUUGUCGCCGGGACGAUUUUCUUCUUCUUCACUGUCUUUCAAUGCACACCAGUCGCAUAUUACUGGAACCGAAUGACGGAAGAGGGCCACUGCAUGGACUUCGACGUUCUUCUGGGGAUCGUCUACAUGUACAGUGCGGCCGCUGCGGUGUGCGACUUUACGAUUGGACUGCUGCCCAUCUUCAUGAUUGGGAGGCUAAAGAUGGACCGACAUACGAAGAUGGCCGUCAUUGGCAUUCUGUCCAUCGGAUGCCUCACGUCCAAUUCACCAUCCAUGAGGGAACGAUCAGGUAGUCUAUACCACGUCCAACCCCGGCUCGAUGACAUCCUAAACGAUGUGGCCCCCUUCCCCUACACCCUCGGGGCGUUCAUUGCCUUUCUCUCCGAGCACCAAUGCCUAGAAACAGUCGAGUUCUUACUGGAGACCGAACGCUACCGACGGAUCUACCACUGGCUCGAGCACAAAACCGAGACAUGCGAGGCCGUCCGCAAGGCCCAUCUCUCCGGUCUCUGGACACGAUUGAUCAACCAGUAUAUCCGGCCGCACAGCGAGCGCGAGAUCAAUAUCCCCAGCGACAUCCGACAGCAGCUGAUGCAGCAGUUCCACAACCGAGGGGACGAUCCUCCUCCGCCCGAAGUGCUCGAUCGAGUCGUCAAUAAUAUCAAGGAGCUCCUGCGGGGUUCCAUCCUCAUACCCUUCCUGCGGCGAUCGUCCACGACUGCGCGCGUCCAGCCGCUCUCCAUGCCGUCAUUGAACGAUUCUUUGCCAGAGGCAGCUGUGUCUUCGCCGAGCAUCGCGGAUGAUAUAAAAGUGAACAGAUACCCGCGAGAGGAUUAUCCUUCCUAUCGGGGGGACGGGGACUCAGCUCGUCGGUACGGAGUCUUUGGCGAUCCGGCCUCGAGUUCUGCAGAGGACGACGGCGCGUAUGCGAGUAGUGCGAUGAUGUCUUCGGCGUCGGACAGGUCGGAUAUACAAGACUUUGCCUUCAAAGGGAGUGGUGGGACGACCAAUUCGCGUACGCGGGCGGUUCCCGACCGGCCUUCUCAAGGCGAUCGGAAAGCUCACGGCUGGCGAAAGAGGUUCAAGGAGGGGUUGGUGAAGCAUCUUCCGCGGUCAUCGGAUUGA